AGUAAUUACUGUUUCGUCGAGUUUUGUUUAUUACGAACUGUCGCUUGAGGGCGCGAUACUUGGCGACCGUUUUCCGAUAAACGCAUCAGAAACUGUAUUUCUCGAUAGCUUUACUGAUGUAAAAGGUUAUCUAAACUGCUUGAAUUUGUACUGAUACUGCUUAGAUUUACUGAUCGGCGUUUAGGGUGAGUGUUAUAGAAUUGUAUUGUUGGCUAAGACUUUCAGUAGUUUCGUAGUAUUAAAGAUAUUUCUAACGGUUUUUCUGCUCUUGAGAAGUUGUAAUAUGUUACAUGUACAUGCAUUUGAUGCACGUCAAAGUUCAAAGGUUAAAGUUCGGAUGUUUAUAAAUCCGUUUUAUAAGGUUCCAAGUUACAAGUUCUGCUUAUGUAAGAAUUUAUGAAUAUUCUAGAGCAAGUAUCAUCGAGGCCAGGAUUUGUUUACUGUAAAUCAGUUGGGCAUGUUCUUAUUGAUUUUAAAGGAACCUUUCGUAGGUCUCAUUUACUUCACCGACUGCACCAUGUUGCGAGGACGAGCAAACUGAGUCAGAGAGUGACUUUUAUCAGAGCCAAGAUGAAUUUUUCUGCCUCUAGUGAUUACUGUGGCGACGCCAGGGUCGUCCAACAUACAGUCAUAACACACAACAAGAAGAAGCUGACACUUUCACCCGAGGAUACCGUGCUAGACGUGGGAUGUGGUACCGGUGAAGAUACCAAAUUAACGGCGCUCAAAGUCGGCAAAGUCACAGGAAUUGAUCCAUCCAAAGAAAUGUUGGAGUUUGCUUUAAAAAACAAUUCCUCCUCCAACAUCACAUACCUGCUGGAAGACGCACAGACUGUCGGUGACAAUCCUGAUCUGCGCGGGAAAUUUGACAAAGUUCUUUGUUUCCAUGUUCUCCAUUGGGUUCCUGACGUCAUCAAGGCACUUGGGAGCAUUUGUGACUGUCUGAAACCGGGAGGGGAAGCUCUAAUCAUCAUGACCAACAACGAUGACAACUUUUUACCCUUCAAGGCAGAUCGGUUCUUGGAAGUCCAUAUAAAAUGGGGUCAAUAUACAAAUGGCUGUAAAUCUGCGAUUCAAUUGUGGAGUAAGUCGAUUCCAGCCACUGAGGAAGUACUCCGGUCGUGUGGUUAUGCAAAUGCCCAUUGUGAAGUUCAGGAACACGUCAUAGACCUAUAUGAGAAGCAAAUGAAAUUGUUUUUCAAGACGAUAAUGAAGCAACUUUCCAAGAUUCCCGAGAAUGAACGAGAGGAAUGUCUGGAAGAUUUGUGGGUAUGGGUGCAGACUCUCUUCCAACCAUCUCUCGGUGGCAAAACUGGAAGUAUCGCAGUCCCCAAAUGGUUCAUGGUUAUGCAUGCAAAGAAAUGAAAAUAAUGUGGGGGGCCUCUUUAGAGGAAAAGAAUAACACUGAGUAAUGGUCGACGACAAGGGUGGGAUAGAUCUAUUAGCAUAUUCCAAUGCCCUUUUCGACUUAAUACACGGCUUCGGCUUUGGAUUCAGCUUCGGCUUUGGAUUUGGGGGCAGGCUCCGUUUUCUCGUCUGAAGCCCUGAGCUUCGCGUACGCAACUCGCAAUAUUGUCCAGACAACCACGGGGCCAAGCUACCCUGAGCCGAAUCUGGAGCCGAAUCUGGAGCCGAAGCCCGGGUUUCUAAAAGGCCCCAUUCAAGUUGUUGUAGCUGUACAUUUUAACUCGAUUGAUGCCCUGACAAUAUGUAAUUUAUGCAAGCCGUUUGUCUAUAAUUAAAGGCGUAGUGCCGUUGUGGCAGGAGAUUCUGUCCCCAACUCUGUCUGGCGGCCUGUCUAUCCAGGACCUCUGGGAUGGGCUAAUCACUUGAACAGAUUCUUGUUCAGGAAGUACGACAUGGAUUGUAUGCAGUGCAUAGAAAUAUGGCGCAGUGUUGAGUGUGAUGCAUGUUGGGACUGCGCAUUAGUAAAACGUUGACGACAGUGCAUGAUACGUUUGCCCAUCCCAGCGCCUUUGGUACAAGCAAGGCGCUGGGGACGAGCGAAUGGGUGGAUAUGAUCCGAUUUACCCAAAUCUAAUAGUUUUUAUAUUAAAGUGUGUCCGCCAUACCUCAACAUGGCUUAUAUGGAUACCGUUAACAACGGUUUAUUUCUUUGAUGAUGUGUUUAGUUUGAAUAAAAUACUGCAGACCCGUACUUAGAA